CAAGAAAAUAAAAAUACCGACAAAAACACCUAAAAUUACGAUAAAAACAAAUAAUUGUAAAAAAACAAAUUGUAAAUAAAACAACGAAGCGCAGAAUAACAACAAAAACAAAAGAAACACGAUUUACAUUUAAUAACAAACCAAAUAAUAAAAAAAAUUGUUAAGCAAUUUAAAAAUUAAACAAUUGUAAUAUUUGCUAGCUGGUCGGUCGAAUGGUUCGAGUGUGUUUGAUUUUAUUAAAUUGUGUUAAAUGAGGGAGACACUUUCAUAGUGCACACAUUAAAUGGAAUUUUAUUUUAAAAAAAUCAAAAGAAUAACAUUAUAAUUUAUUAAAUAACAUCAUCGGAAGUGACGACAGCUACAGUAAUUGGAGAACACCAAGAAUAGCUACUGAAAAUAAAUUUAAUACCUAUAUGUAUAAAAAAUAAAUGUAUGUAGGUAUAAUAUACAUACAAUACGACCUCUUAAGAAAUCAAUAUUAAAUUUCUAGUACUACUUGUUUUCGUCUCCACUCCGCUUCAUGCAGCUGGAGGUCGUAUUAAAAAGAAAAAUAUAUUUGGUACGAAAAGAUUAUCUUUAAAUAACCAAAAUGCAACGCAAUACCCGCGUGUCAUCAGCUAGAGCUCAGGAAGAAAAUAAUAAUAGAAAUCCUUCGACUACUGCACGUGUAAUGCGACCCCCGACACGUCAUUCACAACGACCAACUUUACGCAAUUUAAAUCCCGUCUUUCAUAAACGUGAAAAAUCCGAGGAUAAUAAUGAAUUGUCAGAUAAACUAUUAAAAUUGGCACGCAAAACAGGUACCCUAAAUUUGUCCAGUCGGGGUCUGGCCACCGUACCUGACAAAGUUUAUACUAUUAAUAGUGGCGAUGACGAUAAAGAGGUUACUUUGGAGUCCUUGGUGGCCAAUGAAGAGGAUGCUUGGUGGAAUAAAGUACCUUUAAAUAAUUUAGAUUUAAGCUCCAAUCAAUUAACUCAGCUAUCACCAAAAAUUGCUAAUUUAUGUUCGUUAACUACUUUAACGCUUUACGAUAAUGGCUUAACAUCGUUACCCAAAGAAAUUGCCAAACUUGAAAAACUAUUACGUUUGAAUUUAAGUCGCAAUAAUAUUAAAGAAUUACCAGCUGAAUUUUUCACUUUACCCGAUUUGCGUUAUUUGAAUUUAUCUUACAAUAAAUUGGAAGAACUUCAUCCCGAUAUAAGUGAUUUUCAUAUGUUGGAAGUGUUGGAUGUAUCAAAUAAUGAAUUAACUGAAUUACCGGGUGGUAUUGGUUUUUUGGUGCGUCUAACAACGCUUUUAAUAGCCUAUAAUCAUAUAAAAGAAUUGCCAAACGACUUAGUCAAUAUGCGUUCUUUACAAAAAUUGGAUUUAAUGCACAAUGAUCUGAUCGCUUUACCCGAAGACAUGGGUAGUUUACGUAAACUGCAGUGUAUGUAUGCCCAGCACAAUGACAUCAAAGAGCUGCCCGAUUUUGAUGGUUGCGAUUUACAAGAACUACAUGUAUCCAACAAUUUUAUAGAGAAAAUACCCAAGAAUUUAUGCUCAAAGUUGCCACAUUUGAAAAUAUUCGAUUUACGUGAUAAUAAAAUUACACAAUUACCCGAUGAAAUUGCCCUAUUGCAAAGUCUUAUACGUUUGGAUAUUUCAAAUAACUCUAUAAGUAAUUUACCCUACUCAUUGUCAUCGUUGGCUCAUUUGGUGAGUUUGCAGGUGGAAGGAAAUCCCAUUAAAUCGAUACGACGCGAUAUACUACAGUGUGGCACGGUUAGAAUAUUGAAAACAUUAAAAGAUCGUGCAGGCGGCUUGGAAGCAGCUGCUGCCGCCGCUUCUACCGAAAGCAAAAGUAUGGGUAGUGAUGGUUUAAGUAGUCCUAGAAGGCCGCCAUGUUUGGGAGAAGAAAAUUCUGUAUUUCCAGAUAGAUACAAACUUCGCAAGACACAUUGUUUAACUGUAACUAUGCAAAAUCUAACAGAAGCUCCCGAUGAUGUAUUUGAAACGGCUUGUGAGGAAAAUGUUAAUAUAGUAGACUUUUCACGUAAUCGUUUCAAUACGCUACCAGCAGGUUUGCUGCUUAUGAAAAAUUGUUGUUCGGAAUUGGUUUUUGCCAACAAUCUAAUCAGUUCUGUGCCUUCAUUUAUUUCUCAAUUUACACGUUUAAGUUUAGUAAAUGUAUCCUGCAAUAAUCUUACAACUCUACCAGAGGAAUUCAGCGUAUUAAAUACCUUGAGGGAGCUUAAUAUAUCAAAUAAUAGAUUCGAAGUUUUGCCUAAUUGUGUUUAUGAACUUCAGGGCCUAGAAAUUCUAUUGGCCUGCGAUAAUCGCAUUAAAGUAAUAGAUGCUACCAACAGUGGUUUAGGAGCUAUAAAACGCCUGGCAACAUUAGAUUUGCGCAACAAUAAUAUUGAACAAGUGCCACCCAUUUUAGGAAAUUUGAAAAAUAUAACUACUUUGGAAAUCAUUGGAAACCCCUUUAAAUUACCCCGUCAUCAAACUUUACAGAAAGGAACAGAUGCUAUAAUGUCUUAUUUAAGAGAUCGUAUACCAGUUUAAAUAUUAACACACACGCCUCCAUCCUACACCUAUAAAGCACAAAACAAAGAUUUAUUAAAAAAGAAAUAAUGUUAAAAUCAACAAUUAUAAUUAUAAAAAACAAAAUAUUUUGUAGUUUAUUGAAAACGCUUUAUAUUUAUUUUAAUAUUUGAAUUGCCAAAAGAAAAACUGAAAGAAUUUUUAUAUAUAUUGUUUUUAUUUAGCAGCUAGUCAUUUAUUAUCAGAGAGUUACUAAUUUUUUUUUGUAGAUUGUUUAUAAUUUUAUGUUUAUAACGCCUUUAAAUUUUUAACGAUUUUAAUCCAAAUAAUUGUUGAAAAUUAUAUAUAUUUAUGUAUGUAUUUGAAAAGCACUUUAAAAAUAAAAAUUUUAUAUAACUGUUAGUUGAGAACUAAAAUUGUA